AUGCUAAUCCAGUUGUGGUUCCAGAAGUUCGUGUAUUCGCACCCAAACUUUUCUCCCAUGGCGGUGAGAGCACAUUUCGUACCCUUAUUAUAAAUUGUAAUAAUUCCCUCUGCACUUUUUGGCAUCUCUGUCUGUCUCUCUCUCUCUCUUUCUCCGUGUGUGUAUUUUGCUAGGCCAAACACCUUGUCCACUUAUUUCCCACCUAAAAUCUACGCAUACCUUGUUGAAAUUCGAUCUGGAUAUUUCCAAUUUUUUACAAAUUUACUGCUGUUUUCGUCUAUCCGUCGCCGAUCAUUAUGGGGUGAAUAGAGAAAAAUUGUGCUGAUAUUUUCUGUGAAGUGUGAUGGAGUGGGACAGUAAUUCGGAGUCUGAUUUGAGCGGAGGCGAAGAGGAGGAGGAGGUAGCAGAAGCGUUGGGGUUUCUGUUGAAGAAGAGUGGUGGAGGUGUACCGUUUCCUGUGGACAGGCUGUUGCAGCCGGCGCCUUGUGGGUUUGCUGUCACGGAUGCGUUAGAGCCGGACCAGCCGAUUAUUUAUGUUAAUUCAGUAUUCGAGAUGGUCACUGGGUACCGGGCAGAGGAAGUUCUUGGCCGGAACUGCCGUUUCUUGCAAUGUAGAGGCCCAUUUGCUAAGCGAAGGCAUCCAUUGGUGGAUGUCACCGUAGUUACUGAAAUGAGAAGAUGCCUCGAGGAAGGAAUUGAAUUUCAAGGCGAAUUGUUAAAUUUUCGAAAAGAUGGAAGUCCCUUGAUGAAUAGGUUGCGAUUGACCCCAAUAUGUGGUGAUGAUGAGACAAUAACUCAUGUAAUUGGCAUUCAGUUUUUUACAGAAGCUAAUCUUGAUCUAGGUCAUCUUCCAGGAUCUUCAGUAAAGGAAUCUAUAAGGGCAUCUGAUAGGUCUAGGUUUAAUAUUUCUCCUGGUGGAGUAUUUUCAGAUGGGAAGAAGAAUAUCAAUCGUGGGGUUUGUGGGAUAAUGCAGUUGAGCGACGAAGUUCUUUCUAUGGAGAUUCUUUCACGUCUUGCUCCUAGGGAUAUUGCAUCCAUUGGCUCUGUUUGUUGGCAUCUUUAUGAUUUGACCAAAAAUGAAGAGAUGUGGCGAAUGGUCUGUCAAAAUGCAUGGGGUCUCGAGACGACUCAAGUAUUAGAGACAGUUCCUGGUGCUAAACGUUUGGGGUGGGGUAUGUUGGCUAGAGAACUCACCACCCUUGAAGCAGCAGCCUGGAGAAACCUAACUGUUGGAGGUGCUGUUGAACCCUCUCGUUGCAACUUCAGUGCAUGUGCUGUAGGGAAUCGUGUGGUUCUUUUUGGUGGGGAGGGAACCAACAUGCAACCCAUGAAUGAUACAUUUGUUCUGGAUCUGAACUCAAGUAAUCCAGAGUGGCAGCAUGUCAAAGUGAGCUCUCCACCUCCUGGACGCUGGGGCCACACGCUUUCUUGUGUGAAUGGCUCUCAUCUUGUUCUGUUUGGGGGCUGCGGGAGGCAAGGCUUACUCAAUGAUGUUUUCGUCUUGGAUUUGGAUGCAAAACAUCCUACUUGGCGUGAAAUCUCCAGCUUGGCUCCUCCACUUCCUAGAUCUUGGCAUAGCUCCUGCACCCUUGAUGGGACCAAGCUGAUAGUCUCUGGUGGUUGUGCCGAUUCUGGAGUGCUUCUUAGUGACACUUUCCUGCUUGAUCUUUCGAUGGAGAAACCUGUAUGGCGAGAGAUACCAGUAGGGUGGACUCCACCUUCACGUUUGGGCCACACGUUAUCUGUUUACGGUGGUAGGAAAAUUUUGAUGUUUGGGGGUCUUGCCAAAAGUGGUCCUCUGCGGUUUAGAUCAAGUGACGUGUUCACUAUGGACUUGAGCGAGGAUGAACCAUGUUGGAGAUGUGUAACAGGUAGUGGGAUGCCUGGAGCCGGAAAUCCGGGUGGAAUAGCUCCCCCUGCUCGACUUGAUCAUGUAGCAGUUAGCCUCCCUGGCGGUAGUAUCCUUGUCUUUGGUGGAUCUGUGGCUGGUCUUCACUCUGCAUCCCAGCUUUAUAUACUUGAUCCUACUGAAGAUAAACCAACAUGGAGAAUUCUGAACGUACCUGGGCGGCCUCCAAGAUUUGCUUGGGGACAUAGUACAUGCGUGGUUGGAGGCACAAGGGCCAUAGUCCUCGGAGGUCAAACUGGGGAAGAAUGGAUGCUAAGUGAUCUUCAUGAGCUAUCUUUAGCCAGCUCUAUCCCAUGAUUGAAAGAAGAAAUUGGAAAUUGGGAAAGCUUUUGCGUGCACAAUUUUCUAAUGCUCUGGGAAGUGACACUUAUCAUCAGCAACCACUUGGAGAUUGUUUCUGCAUUUGCUGGGGUACUAGAUGUCUACAGUUGCUAUUAUCCAGCACGAUUCAGCUAGUGGCUAUACUUGAAAAAUUAUUUUCUUUCAAUGCUUGGGGGAACACGGGCUGAUGACAUGUUGGGGUUUAAUUUUGUGAGUGUCGUUCAAAUCCUUCAAUCAGACAUAUUUUAUGUUAAUUUGCUGUGUGUAGAUUCCUAGUCCUUGGAAUAAGUUAGGGUUUGAUAUAUGUAGUUUAGUUUCUACAUAUGUAGUCAUGUAAUAUUCUACUAGGUUGUAUUAGUUGAAAACAUGGAAGACGAAACACAUAAAAAUGAAAUUAAUCUAGUGUUAGGGACGUACUAUGAUUUUAGCAGUUUCUAGUAUCAAUCAUGACAUGACAUGAUGUGAUAUUAUAUUUUCUGUUCUGCCCUUCAUGGUUUUUAUGUAAUCUAAGGUUUUUCUUGAAGUUUUUAUCUGUGUUCAGGAGAUGGUUUGACUA